GGGAGGCAACUUGGAGUUGGUGAAAGUUAAUAAGGGGCGCACAGGAGUAUGCUGCUCCGUGACGCAGCCUAUAGUAGCUCCACUUACGUUUCGUAAUUUGCGACCGACCUAACAUAUAUUCUAUCGAUCGUUUCACAUAGAAACCACAUUUUAUUCUUAUUGGUCUUGACUUUACUCUCUCUCGCGCUCGGAAUUUUGGGUCUCCUCUAAUCAUCCUCAUAUCUCCACUCCUUAACCUUCAGAUCAGGUCUGAGCAUCUAAGUUUGAAGAGUUGCGCGUGCUCUUGUUACCCUUAUUCUUCAGCCGAGUUUCAUGUCUGAUCUCGACCUCCUAGUUCCUAAUGCUUUUGAUCCCUUUGCUGAGGAAAAUGCUGAUAACUCUGGUGCGGGGACAAAAGAUUAUGUGCACAUCCGUAUACAGCAAAGGAACGGUAGGAAAAGCCUGACAACUGUGCAGGGUUUGAAGAAAGAAUUCAGCUACAAUAAAAUUCUGAAGGAUCUCAAGAAAGAAUUUUGCUGCAACGGCACUGUUGUCCAGGAUCCCGAAUUGGGGCAGGUUAUUCAACUUCAGGGUGAUCAGCGAAAGAAUGUUUCAACAUUUCUUGUCCAGGAACUGAUAUGAGUUUUGAGCAGCUAGUUGAGUUUGGUAACCACAAAUAGGUUGGAAUAGUGAAGAAAGAGCACAUCAAGAUUCAUGGUUUCUGAUUGUCAUCAUCAAUCACUGCGCAGUUACUAUACUUGGGUUCCAAAUAAUGCUGCUAUGAACUAAGUUGUUGUAAACAGUAAACUUGCUAAUGUUGGCUUUCUGCUGGUUUGAUAUAAGUAAUGUAUUUGUUCUUGCUUUUCUGCGUAA